AUGAAUAAAGUAAUUUUAACAUUUGGAUUCUUAAUGAUGUUGGCACUUUGUUUCAAUGUUGCCAGUGCCGGACAGUGCUCAUCAUGGUUUGUUCUUGGAGAUAUUCCUCCAAAUACUUGCUACGAGGCAUUACAAAAUAGAUUUAUAGGUGAUGGUGUAUCUUUGUUUGAUGAUCAAGUUCAUUGUCAAAGAGAUGUAGUUCAACUGUUUCUUUAUCUAAAUGAUAUUGCUGUCAACAACAAUCAUAUACCUUCUUCUUGUAAAUCAAUUUGUUUAUUACAACUCUAUACAUAUAUAUUUGAUAUAACACCAUCAACCUUUUUAUUAGACACAUCUAUGUUGACAUGCGAACUAGCGUCACUAUUGAAUCUAACAUCAAUCGAUGACUAUGAUACCAUGAUGAAACAAACAAUGAUUGAAUUCUGUACACUAAUUGCAUCUACAGAUACAAUCUAUCCGAAUUUAGAAAGAAUCAUAAUGAAAUUUAAACAACUAUGGAAAAAAGAAUUGAAUCAAUCAUUACUUGAAAGUAUAUUGCCAACGAUGAUCAAAGUGAUUUCAAUCGAUUCGAAAGCAAGUCUUGACAGUCAGCGAUUUUUCAAUGCAAACAUCAAGGAGCUGUUAAAGAUGAGACCGGAUUUGAGUUAUUUGGACGAUAUAUUGUUGGACUAUAGUGAUAUAGCAAUCCAUUGGAUAACGAAAAGAGAUGAAUCAAUGGUUGAACUCGAUUUAGAUGCAUACUUUGGUAUCUCUCCAACAGAUCAGCAUCAUUUCAAUGAUAACUACAAUCUUUUACAAAGCAAUGAAACCGACAGCUUUUGUGUAAUGGGUUGUAAAACAUUCUAUAAGAUAUCGACCAUGUCAAAAUUUAAUAUGUAUCACAUCGUUUCAAACCUGCAAAGCUCCGAGUAUUGGUAUAAACGACAAGCUUCACUUCUCUCCUUGGCUAUCCUAGGUUAUCAAGAAGAAACUAGAUCAAUAAUAUCUGAUGAUUUCGAUAAAUAUUAUAAUAUUCUAUUACCUUUAAGAAACGAUGUACAACCAAUUGUAAGAUCAGAAUAUUAUCAUUGUAUGGGAAUAAUAUUAGCAAAUAUGAGUAUAGGAAUGAGAUUAGAAUGGAAACGUUUUGAAAAAGAGAUAUGGGAUGAUAUACUCUUACAACAAAAUAGCAAUACUAUUCAAGAAACUGAUUUAAAUGUUAUCAAUAGCAAGUUGUAUUAUAGUAUUAAUCUUUCAGAGAAUAACUUUGAUGAUUUUAAAGAUUUAUUAAACAUUAUUAUAGAAUAUCUUCAAUAUCCAAUUAUCUCAGAAGAUUUAAAACAACAGGUAUUGACAAUGGUGGAAUUCUUUCUUACUACUUUUGGGAGCAAGAUUGGUUCAGAGUUCCGUAUUCCAGAUUGUAUAGUUAAUCAAGGUGUACCGAAACUAGGAAAAACCACUCCUAUCUAUCUAAGAAUCAUACAUAGAUUAUUUACUUCACCAGAGUUUGUUGUCAAAUUCUUUUUGGAGAUACUGUCUGCCGAUGGUCAUCUAACAACCUGCAGUCAUUCAAAGUGUCGCAAUUAUAUUUCAGAUAUUCAGUUGAAAGCAAUGCCAGUAAUUCUCACAUUUAUUAAUACACAUCAGGAAUCUGCUUUCGAAUAUUAUCACCUAUUAGUUCGAGAACUCCUAAGGCUAUUGGACUCCGACCUACCAAAAGUGGCGAUUGGAUACAACUCUGCCAAUUUAUUGCUACAGAUGUACAUUCGAUCGAAAUCACACAAUCUAAAUUUCUCUGAAACUCUCUAUUCAAUCAUUAGUGUAAGACUCAUGGAAUCCAUAGAUAUAGAAACAAACCCUGUGGUGGAAAGAGAGAAAAGAUUGAUAUUGAGGAAAUUGGAUAUCGACAGAUCUCUUUAA